AUGUUGAAAUUGGAGAAACGAUUGGUUCGCAAGCUUGGUAUGUACAUAACCGCUGUGUAUUGUUGUGCGGCGUAUUUUUUCAAUUAUUUGGAUCGAUCUGCGUUUUCUAAUGCUUAUGUCUCCGGACUGAAAGAGUCACUCAGGCUGGAAGGCAACCAGUACAGUAUUCUACUGUCCAUGUUCACGGCUGGUAGCUGUACUGGUCAGAUACCACACGCCCUCAUCAUCCAAAAGGUUGCGCCUCGCUUUUGGCUACCCUUUACCUUGAUAGUAUGGUCUGGCUUGACCAUGUGUUCAGCGGCAUGCAAGACAUACGCUCAACUUUGUGUCAUCCGCUUCUUGCAAGGGUUCUUCGAAGCAAGUCUCUACAGUGGUACCAUUUAUAUCCUUGGAUCCUGGUAUAAGCCAUUGGAGAUUGCUAAAAGAACCGCCAUCUUCACGGCUAUUGGACAGAUAGGCAGCAUGUUUGCCGGUGUCAUGAUGACGGCAAUGAAUCAAAGUCUACAUGGACAAACCUCUCUUGCAGGGUGGCAGUGGGUCUUCAUCAUCAAUGGUGCUAUGGGAAUCCCCUUUGGCAUCUUUGGUCUGUUGUUUUUUCCCAACCUGCCUGAGUCCCCCAACACUCCAUAUCUCAGCAAAGAGGAAAUACAACUGGCACUGGAUCGUCUGCCGCCCAAGAGAGAUUGGGGUCACGACAUCAGCCUCAAAUCAUUGGCCAAGCGGCUUCUUGCGAAACCAGACAUUUACAUACUAUCCCUCUACUCCAUGAUAGGAUGCGCACUCGAAGCCAUUGUUCUUCAGGGUCUGUUCUUACUCUGGAUGAAAGCCAACAUCGAGCAGUUUCCCUCGUAUGCAACGACUACUUAUCCUCUGGGCGUCCAAGCAGUAUCUAUAGUUUCAAACAUUGGAGCUGGCUACAUCAUAGACAUGACCAACCGCCGUAUACCCAUGGUCAUUCUCGCGGGAGUUUUGCAGCUUCUUGUGGCAAUCCUCCUGCUGAUUCCUAAUCUUUCUACCGCUGGUGUGUUGUUUGCGUUCUACCUGGCUGGCACUUCAUACAUCGUGAAUCCAGUCAUGUAUGGAUGGGCGAGUGUCAUCUGCCAGCGUAACGGCGACGACGCCUCGAGAUCAGUCAUACUUUACAUCAUGAGUAUGGUGCAAUCCAUACUAUACACCUUUUGGGGCAUUGCCUUUUAUCCUGCAACAGAUGCACCGUACUGGAAGAAGGGCUACAUCACAAUGAUUGUCGUGGUGUUUGCCUUCUUUGGUUCGACAGCAGCUGUGCAAUGGUUGGACCAAAGGUCAAAAAUCAUAGCGAGCAGUGAGGAAGAUGUCGUGUACAUUGAGGGCGAGACAGCUGAUGAUCGGAACAAGAAGGACUGA